AUGUCCAUGUCCAUAUCCUCCCCAAAGUCCAAUUCGGUCGGCCCGGAUGCGGUCGCACCUAGGCGUAUGACCAAUUCAUUCACAGAGCGAACCGUCCAGCUUGAACGAGCUAUCACCAACCCUGGAGCUGUCAAGAUUAACGUCAAAGGUGCUUUCAUUGUUGACGAAGAGCCUCGAUCGAAAAGUCCCGCGUCAUCAACGGACGGCGUUCACUACGAGAGCCAGGAUAUUCGUCUCCCUCAUCAUACUGGCCUCGUGAGCCAUGUCGCUGUCGAUAUUGGAGGCUCGCUCGCGAAGCUCGUAUAUUUUACCAGAGAAUUGGACUCUCCUGACAACGGUGGUCGCCUGAAUUUCAUCAAUUUCGAGACUCACCGGAUCGAUUUGUGCAUUGACUUCAUCCGGGAAUUGAAAGAGGAACAUGAGAGACUCAAUGGCCCCUCUAGAGAUGAGCUGUGUGUCGUUGCCACGGGAGGAGGCGCCUACAAGUACUACGAUAAGCUGAAAGAGACGCUGAACGUGAACAUCAUACGGGAAGACGAAAUGGAAUGCCUCAUAACAGGUCUUGACUUCUUCAUUACCGAGAUCCCCAAUGAAGUGUUUACCUACAGCGAAGCCGAGCCGAUGCAGUUUGCCGAGGCCCGACCGGAUGUUUACCCGUACCUAUUAGUCAACAUCGGGUCAGGAGUAUCAAUGAUCAAAGUAUCCGGCCCAAAGCAAUUUGAGCGUGUGGGUGGUACUCACCUUGGCGGUGGCACAUUCUGGGGCCUGAUGUCGUUGCUGACCGGUGCUCGGACCUUUGACGACAUGCUGGCCAUGGCGGACAAGGGCGACAACAGUGGGGUGGACAUGUUAGUUGGCGAUAUCUAUGGCAUGGACUAUAGCAAGAUCGGACUUAAGAGCACUGCCAUCGCUAGCACAUUUGGCAAGGUCCUUCGUUUACAGAAUGCUGCCGAGCGACAUGCGGAGGAUGGGGAAGGCCUCUGUCAUGGCGGCCCUGAGCAACAAAAUGGUGAAGUCAAGUUCCGUCAUGAAGACAUGAGCCGAAGCUUGCUGUAUGCUAUCAGUAACAACAUCGGGCAGAUUGCCUACUUACAAUCUGAGAAGCACCAGGUCAAGCACAUAUACUUUGGAGGCUCGUUUAUUCGGGGCCAUCACCAGACGAUGAAUACAUUGUCGUAUGCCAUCCGAUUCUGGUCCAAGGGUGAGAAACAAGGCUACUUCCUGCGCCAUGAAGGCUACCUCGGCGCUGUUGGCGCAUUUCUCAGGAGGCAACCGGAGAACUGGGGUCGGAGAAAUAGUAUUCAUGACGCAAACUCUGCAAUCCAGGCGGCGAAGGAAGCCGUUAAAUGGAAGAAAGAAGAAGGUUUGAGCUCGACGUAG